AUGGGGGAUAAUGAAGUACAAAUGGAGAUUACGGGACAAAUGCAAGAGUCUCAAACUUCAAGCGCGGACAAAAUCGACUUGUCUUUAGAUGACAUCAUAAAGCUAAAUAAGCAAGAGCAAAAAGCCGGCAGAGGUUCCAACAGAGCUAGAAGUAAACGCGCAGCUGUGUUGAAAAAGCUCAACCAGACUCCACAGCAGCAGAGGGGACGCAGGGGAGCACAGCAGUACCAAGGGCCUGGCAGGGUGAGAGGUUUGAGGGGACAAAGGGGAUCUAGAAGAGGCAUGAUGUCUAGAGGAAGUGGUGUCAGUCCAAUGAACAGAGCUGCUGCUAAUGUCACGUUUUCUGCCGCAAGAAGGGCUGAGAAGUUAGAAAAAUAUCAGACAAUAACAAAGAACAGAACUACCGGUAAUCAGGCAAGGAGGGGUGGGGCAGCGUUAAGGGGCAGAUCAUCUGGAGGAGCAAGUAUUACUUCACCCAAGGGCAUUCCUUUGCGCUUCAACUACAAAGCAACUACUAACCAGACGGGACUAUCCCUCAAUGACCGUUUCACUGACCUUAGGUUCUCAGGACGAGGGCGGGGCCGGGGGAGGGGCCGAGGAGGUAUUGUAGGUGGUGGAAGAGGCAGAGGAAACAUUGCACAGGGUGGAUGGGGCAGAGGAAACAUUGCACAGGAUGGACGAGGCAGAGGAAACAUUGCACAGGGUGGACGGGGCAGAGGAAGGGCAGGCUUCACAAGAGGAAGAGGCUUGACAAGACGAGGAAGGGGAGGAGCAAGAGGAUUUGAUCGAACAGUAACUCUUCAGUGA